AUUGCAAAAUUGCAUUGCAAAUGGCAACAACGGUCUCAUCUACCUCCGUGAGUAUGAGCAUUGAACACCUGUGACCCUUCUCUUCUUUCUUCGUGAUUCUCACCUUUGUUAACGUAAAAAUCCUAACUUUGUUACCUUUAUCUAUUGGGGUCCCCUUGAAAAAGACGCCACCUCUCAUCAUUAUUCAAUUCGGUCACCAAGGCCAGGUGUCCAUGUGAACUCCCUUUACUCUCUCUCUCUCUCUCUCUCUCUCUCUCCCUCUCUCCCUAUAUUCACUUCACAAUCCUCCAAACAACAUAUACGUUCAUAUAUAUAUAAAAGGAUCAUUAUGGUGAUGGGGUUUGUUCACUUCUCUCUUUUCCUUCCCCUUCUUCUUCUUCAUCUGCAUUAGUUCACACUUCUGAGGGGGCAAAAGGGGUCACUUUCCAGAUCCGAGGUCCAGCUCCUCUACCCAUGAUUAUGGAGCUUGGGUACCCUUCUAGAGGAGUAACACUUGUUACUUUCUCUCUGUUGCUUUUCACAAUAGUUUUCUUCACUACUUUAACUCAUGCCAUGUCUUCUUCUGUGUAUCCGGAAUAUAAUCCUAUUAAACCUAGGCACUCACGACUUCUCAGGAGUGCCGUGCAACGUGAAACUCCAACAUCACAGCUCUCUGAGCUAUGGUCACCUCUCGAAAGCCAAGCAUGGAAACGGAACGUUGAAUCCAGAAAUAAGCCAACAUUACCAGAGAAGUCCGAGGGAUACAUCCAGGUAUUUCUUGAUGGAGGUUUGAACCAACAGAGGAUGGGGAUAUGUGAUGCAGUUGCCGUUGCAAAGAUACUGAAUGCAACUCUAGUGAUUCCAUAUCUUGAAUUAAAUCCUGUGUGGAGAGAUUCAAGCUCCUUCACAGAUAUAUUUGAUGUGGAUCAUUUCAUUGAUGUAUUGAAGGAUGAUAUUUCUAUAGUUAAAGAGCUGCCUGAAGAGUACUCCUGGAGCACAAGGGAGUUCUAUGCCAUGGCUAUUCGAGAAACACGUAUCAAGGCUGCACCUGUGCAUGCAUCAGCCAACUGGUACCUGGAAAAUGUUUUGCCUGUCCUACAGAGUUAUGGUAUUGCUGCAAUCUCUCCAUUUUCUCACCGACUGACUUUUGACAACUUGCCUACGUAUAUUCAACACCUGCGCUGCAAAGUCAACUUUCAAGCUUUAAUCUUUGUUCCUCAUAUCAGAACACUUGGAGAUGCCCUUAUCAGCCGCCUUCGCUAUCCUCAAGGCUCAGCUGGGGAAACAGGUUCCAACUACCUUCAAGAGGUCACUGGUGCAGGUGUUAGUAAAAAUGCAGGGAAAUUUGUUGUUCUACACCUCCGAUUUGACAAGGAUAUGGCAGCCCAUUCAGCCUGUGAUUUUGGUGGAGGAAAAGCUGAAAAAUUGGCCCUUGCAAAGUAUAGACAAGUGAUUUGGCAGGGGAGGGUUCUAAAUUCCCAAUUUACUGAUGAAGAGUUGAGGAGUCAGGGCCGUUGCCCAAUGACUCCUGAAGAGGUUGGAUUGUUGCUAGCAGCUCUGGGAUUUGACAACAGCACUCGGUUAUAUCUUGCAUCUCACAAGGUCUAUGGUGGAGAAGCAAGGAUUUCAACUUUGAGGCAAUUAUUUCCUUUGAUGGAAGACAAAAAGAGCAUUGCUUCAUCUGACGAGCGAUCUCAGAUAAAAGGAAAAGCUUCUCUAUUAGCAGCACUUGACUACUAUGUUGGCUUGCAUAGUGAUAUCUUCAUCUCUGCUUCCCCAGGAAACAUGCACAAUGCAUUGGUUGGUCACCGCACUUACUUGAACUUAAAGACUAUAAGGCCAAAUAUGGCAUUGAUGGGUCAGCUAUUCCUGAAUAAAACCAUUGAGUGGUCAGAGUUUCAGCAUGCAGUGGUUGAAGGUCACCAAAAUAGACAAGGUCAAUUCAGGCUGAGAAAGCCCAAACAGUCCAUAUAUACAUAUCCAGCUCCUGAUUGCAUGUGCCAAGCUUAGUAGUAUACUAAAAAUAUUAUUCACGGAUGAGUAGCCACUGUAUUUUUAUAGUUCGGUGUCUUAUUAUUUGACAUUUGUAUCUGGUGAAAAUAAAAAGCAUUUCCACUCUAUUCAUAUGGGGUUUGUUAUGAUAUGAUGUUCUUGAUAAGAGUGCUUGAUAGUUGUAUUGUGUGGGUGAUGUAUUUAUCAUAUGAUGGCAUUCUUAGCAAGAGCAAUAUUAUUUAUAAUUCAAUAACAGGAGCCAUUUUGCUGUUUUCCAUUCAAUUAUUAUAAAUUAGGGGGUAAUGUAGUUUUCACAGAAGUGAUGUUACUUGAACUUGGAUUAAUUAUAUCAUUCAUCACUUUUGUAAUGGCAAUCAAACAAACAACUAUGUUAUUUGUUAGUUCACUACGUGUCUUGCGGAUGUCACAUGCGGCUAGCUAUUGUCGGGUCUAGAGUUUGGAUGUGUUUCAAAAUGGAUGGAAUAUUUGAUAUGAAGACUUAUCUUUAGUGUUCAUUUGGAAG